GACAGAACAUUUUAUUGGUCCCAGUCCCUCUCAAGUUCCCCCUAUCAGUUUUCCUAAAUGUUCCUCAUUUAAAUCCCUAAUUAUGUCCUCUCAUCACUAAUUCCCCUCCCCCUCCUUCACGUUCCUCCUAUCGUUGAUUAAUUUCCCUAAUUACCUUUCUCCCUUUAGUCCCUAAUUAUUUUUCCCCAUCUAUUUCCCCUACAAUCUGUUGUGCUUUUAGUCUCCCUUCCCCACAAAAAGCACCUUCUCUGCUUGCAUUUAAUCUUGCGAUUUGUUUGUGAGGUAAUUUAGGAAAAUCUGUGAGGAAAAAUCUUAUCUGUGAGGAGAAUCUGACCACCAAAAAAAGGCUCACAGAAGAAUUAACACAAAAUAAGAGGUGUGAAGUGUGAGUCAACAGCAAGAGAUCUGGACAGCAGGCCUGUCGAAUUAUGGAAGGAGAAAAAGAUGCUUCUCUGAUGCCCUUUGUAAAGCAGUCCAAGAUGGUCAGCAGGCUCCCUCCAGAGGCAGUGGCUCCCAACUCUGACUAUUCCAAUCGCGAAUUUUGGGACUGGCUCAGCCAGCAGCCCAGCUCCUGUUGGAUGGAAGAAUACCGCGAGGCACCAGUCCUGCUGACCUCUGGCCCAGUGGUGCAAAAUGACUGGGUGGCGAUGGGGAGGCAGCCGGCUCUCUUCCUGGCCGACAGUGGUGCCAACGCUCCAGAAGCUCCCUCCCCCAAGGAGCUCUGCAGGGGGAAGAAAAAGGGGCUCAAAAGGAGGAGUUUGAGAAUGUCAGAGCCUUGUCAGUUUUGUACAUCUGGAGAGCUGAAGAGAAGACAGAGCAGCAUUGAUGAGCUCAAGAAGGCGACCUGGGGAGGAUGCAUACCCCAGUCAUGCUGCAGAGGAGAAGACACUGCUGACCCACUCCAUGAAGGCCCUGCAAGCCCAUUUUUCAAGCCAAUGCCCACCCUCCUCUAUGAAGAGUGCUCAUUUGUUGAUGGACGCUGCAAUGCACAGCUCCUGUACCCGCAGUGGAAGCCCUGUGCAAGGGAGCAGCUGGAGAUCCCUCAAGAAAGCCCCGUUGUCUCCUACACUUUGGCCACCCAGAAGAGAGAGCCAACGGCAGUGGCACUGGCAGCAUGCCAGCCUAGUCAAGGAGAGGACGAGGAGGAUGGCUUUUGGGGGUUUGAGCUGCGGUCUGAAGAGUGAUGAUGUUGGCCAUGAUGUAUCUAGGUGUGUAUCUCUCUGUCCCCGUCUCAACUGGAGACCAACCCUACUGGAGCCAUUGCUAUCCCUCUUGUUCUUGUUGAGUUCCUGUUAUUGUUGCAGCAAACAUUGUGGCCUUUUGACGUAUGUGUGUUUGUAUGUCCUCUCUUUCUCUCUCUCUCACACACACACAAACUGCAUUUUCUCCCUCUGGUUCUUUGUGCUGGCAGCAAACCUUUGCUGGUGGGCUGCGAAAAAAGACAAAAUGGGAGGCAGGGAGGAAGAAGCAAGCCAGUGCCACGGAAACUUCGGGAGUGUUUCCAUAGUAAUCGGGUACCAGCAGAAGAGGAGGGGGGCCGGCUGGCAUUGGCUUUGGCAUCCCCCUCCUUUCUCAUGUAGGCGGAUGCUGUGCAGUUAUCAAACCUCUAUUUGGCAAGAGAGAAGGGCCCCUGGCAGCCCCACUCCUC